AUGUCGUAUCACGUCCAUACGGGCUACUGGCGGAACCAUGACGCGAAUUUACAGAACCAGUUUAUCUACACCGUCUCAGAUACAGUAGCAAUGAUUCUGACUACAGUGGUGGGAGCCUUCAUCUCAAUUGUUGGCAGUCGGGCAUGGGUAAUCGUAAGACGCCUUGCGUUUUGGUUCUGCCACAAAUACGGCCCAACGCGCACCAACGCUUCCCCACCCGGGUCCCUUGACCAACCGGGCCUCGACAUGCCGAGCAUUGACAUUCCACUCGAAUCCCUUGAGGAGUCGAGUAUCAACAGCACCGACCCUCGUUCUGUCGGUGGCGACGUGUUCGAGGAUUUUGACGAGACGGACAUUUCACAGAGCGAUGCACUGCUGGCCUGGAUGCCGCGUUGGAGGAAAAACCAAAAUCACAAGGCGCUUAGCGAUUCCCAAUGGCUCCGUAGCUUUCUUUUCUUGGCCGCCUGCAUCUGGGCAGUAUUUUGUCUUGCGCUCGGACUUACGGUUGUCUAUAUUUCGACCUCGCUGGGGGACGAACGCCCCACCGUUCAGUCAGAAUGGACGCCAUGCUGUGGGCGUUUAGGCAUACAGCAGACCUUAUAUCCAGCAGCAGAAGACAAGGAAGCCGAAAGGUAUGUGCUCGGCUGCAAAGAAGAUCACGAUAACGAUCUGAGAGACUGUGGAUCUUUUUGGUCGGGGAGAGCCACCCCAGAAGUGGUCAUUCACAACACCAGUUGUCCAUUUGAAGGUCAGAUUUGCUCAGAAAAAGCAUAUCCAAUUUCUAUUCAACACAACAUGACUGCAUCAUCUUUUGGAUAUAACUCGCCAUCUAAAGCGACGCUUCAUCACCGAUUAACGUGUGCCGCAUUAGAUUUAUCUCACUUCAUCUGGCCAAAGGCCUGGGAGAACGGCAAACGCCUACUUUCGUUCCAGAACAUAGAUUUACCCGACGACGAGUGGAUAAAACAGUACAGGGAACAUAGUGUAUGGUUAGAAACUUUGAAUGGUCCAAAUAAACUCUCGUCAAACCACUCUGGAUGGGACGGUCACCUCCACUUCGGCGAGGAGGCUCCUUUUCCGAAGGACAUGACUCUUGUUCUCAUUCCCGCCGGCUUACCGGACAAUCUCUUAGUUGCCCAAAGGCAGCUUGAUCCUCGCUUACGCCACCCGAAUGCCACGACGUUUAUCGUCCUCGUCUUUCCGGGACAGAAUGUCUUUUUGGGGGCGGGUCCGAUGACCGACCCCAUGUUUCAUGCAUCACGACAAAAUCACGUUGGAGAAUCACGGUUUGGCCAGUGGCUUCCUGACCAUGAGGUGAAUGGAGUUGGCUGCGCGGAGCAAUACAAGCUGUGCAGUGACGAUCGUCACUGCUCUGGGUGGAGAAGCACUUUUGAGAGCGAGUUUCUCGCAAAUGGCCAAAGUUUCUCUCCCGCUGGAGAACUGUCUUCCCCUCUACAAGACCAGGCAGAGGACCAGCUUCUUCUUUUCUACAAUGCCUUUAAAUACUCCUCUACGAAGCAAUUCUUACGGGUUUAUUAA